CAUUUUGAGGAUAUAGAAAUCAACAUGUGUAGACUAUUGGAGGAUGAGUCAAACACAGAUUCUCCUGGAUUGUCUCUACAUAAAGAGCUAAAAGCCCCACUCGAACACAAAACAAGCCACAUCACAGUCAUGUUCUUGGUAAACUUUGACAAAGAUUUGGCGAUUGGUGGGCUGCACCUUGAUCCUCAAAUUUAUUAUGUUUAUUCUUCAGAAUCUUUCAAUGAAGCUCUACAGCUAACUCUAAAAAAAACAAGUAACCCUGAGCAACUGCAAGCAAAUCAGCAAGAUCUCACUGCCUUAAUACAGCCUUGUUUAGCAUCCAGGGAGGUGGAUUCUGAAAUUCAUGCAAGAGCUCUGUUGAAUCAACCUUCAUGUAGGUCUAUAGAGUGGCAUCAAAGUUCAAAAUCAGAAUUAUAUUACGAUUUAUUGUUGGCGGAUCAUUACCUUUUGGACUUACACUGUGAAUAUCAAUUACACUCAAAGGAUGAAAUUCUCUGCAUCUUAACACUGAUCCACAGCUCAGCAGAGGGCGCAAGUGUUGAAAUUCAAUUCUUGAAAAAGAAUGGAAAAAUUUCUUAAGUUAAAUACAAUCUACCGCAAAUGAAACCGGAAGGCUUCAAGAAAAUAAACUUAAAUGUUCAAUGCCUAACUUAUCAAAUUGGACAAAAAGAGCCUGCCCCUAGGAACUGGCAGACAGACAUCCCAACAUCCGCAGGUUCUAGAGAGGUUUUUGUUAAGUUCUACAUCCCAAUCUUCCAGAGACAGGUUCAGGAACCACAGAUGGCCUGUUUUUUUGUUAAAGAGUUUGUCAAAGAAGAAAAACCAAUAGAGAAUGGUUAUGCACGUGAUGACCACAUUCAAUCCAACCUACCAUCAGCUACCAUAGAAACUCAGAGUGUUGACACAGAACACCCAUCAAGCUCUGUCAAAGAAAACAAACCUCAGGUAGUUUUAUCCUGUGGAGACCCCAACAAGCAUGUUAAUAUCCCACCAAGUGUUGAUACAGAACGCCCAUCAAGCUCUGUCAAAGAAAACAAACCUCAGGUAGUUUUAUCCUGUGAGGAUACCAACAAGCAUGUUAAUAUCCCACCAAGUGUUGAUACAGAACGCCCAUCAAGCUCUGUCAAAGAAAACAAACCUCAAGUAGUUUUAUCCUGUGGAGACCCCAACAAGCAUGUUAAUAUCCCACCAAGUGUUGAUACAGAACGCCCGUCAAGCUCUGUCAAAGAAAACAAACCUCAAGUAGUUUUAUCCUGUGGAGACCCCAACAAGCAUGUUAAUAUCCCACCAAGUGUUGAUACAGAACGCCCAUCAAGCUCUGUCAAAGAAAACAAACCUCAAGUAGUUUUAUCCUGUGGAGACCCCAACAAGCAUGUUAAUAUCCCACCAAGUGUUGAUACAGAACGCCCAUCAAGCUCUGUCAAAGAAAACAAACCUCAGGUAGUUUUAUCCUGUGGAGACCCCAACAAGCAUGUUAAUAUCCCACCAAGUGUUGAUACAGAACGCCCAUCAAGCUCUGUCAAAGAAAACAAACCUCAGGUAGUUUUAUCCUGUGGAGACCCCAACAAGCAUGUUAAUAUCCCACCAAGUGUUGAUACAGAACGCCCAUCAAGCUCUGUCAAAGAAAACAAACCUCAGGUAGUUUUAUCCUGUGAGGAUACCAACAAGCAUGUUAAUAUCCCACCAAGUGUUGAUACAGAACGCCCAUCAAGCUCUGUCAAAAAAAACAAACCUCAGGUAGUUUUAUCCUGUGGAGACACCAACAAGCAUGUUAAUAUCCCACCAAGUGUUGAUACAGAACGCCCGUCAAGCUCUGUCAAAGAAAACAAACCUCAAGUAGUUUUAUCCUGUGGAGACCCCAACAAGCAUGUUAAUAUCCCACCAAGUGUUGAUACAGAAUGCCCAUCAAGCUCUGUCAAAGAAAACAAACCUCAAGUAGUUUUAUCCUGUGGAGACCCCAACAAGCUUUCCAUAGCCUCACCAAGUGCAGGCACGCGUAAUUGGUGUCCUGCUGCUAAACAUAGACAAGCUAUACCAGCCAAUAGUAAUAUACUUUAUUAUUAUGAUUUAUUGCUGGCCAAUCAGUUUGAGUGUAACAUUUCAUGUCAGUACGACGCCAACUCUAAGAAGGCAAUCAAAAAUGUGUUAACCCUCAUUAGCUCAUCCCCUUCUGGAACCACCAUUGAAGUAAGGUUUCUCAAACAAGAUAACACAUUCUCAGUUGUCAAUUAUGAAAUAAAAAAAUUAAAGAAGGUUCAUUUUGAGGAUAUAGAAAUCAACAUGUGUAGACUAUUGGAGGAUGAGUCACGCUCGGAUUCUCCUGGAUUGUCUCUACAUAAAGAGCUAAAAGCCCCACUCGAACACAAAACAAGCCACAUCACAGUCAUGUUCUUGGUAAACUUUGACAAAGAUUUGGCGAUUGGUGGGCUGCACCUUGAUCCUCAAAUUUAUUAUGUUUAUUCUUCAGAAUCUCUCAAUGAAGCUCUACAGCUAACUCUAAAAAAAACAAGUAACCCUGAGCAACUGCAAGCAAAUCAGCAAGAUCUCACUGCCUUAAUACAGCCUUGUUUAGCAUCCAGGGAGGUGGAUUUUGAAAUUCAUACAAGAGCUCUGUUGAAUCAACCUUCAUGUAGGUCUAUAGAGUGGCAUCAAAGUUCAAAAUCAGAAUUAUAUUACGAUUUAUUGUUGGCGGAUCAUUACCUUUUGAACUUACACUGUGAAUAUCAAUUACACUCAAAGGAUGAAAUUCUCUGCAUCUUAACACUGAUCCACAGCUCAGCAGAGGGCGCAAGUGUUGAAAUUCAAUUCUUGAAAAAGAAUGGAGAAAUUUCUUAUGUUAAAUACAAUCUACCGCAAAUGAAACCGGAAGGCUUCAAGAAAAUUAACUUAAAUGUUCAAUGCCUAACUUAUCAAAUUGGACAAAAAGAGCCUGCCCCUAGGAACUGGCAGACAGACAUCCCAACAUCCGCAGGUUCCAGAGAGGUUUUUGUUAAGUUCUACAUCCCAAUCUUCCAGAGACAGGUUCAGGAACCACAGAUGGCCUGUUUUUUUGUUAAAGAUUGGGUUGAAGAAGAAAAACCAAUAGAGAAUGAUUGUGCAUGUGAUGACCAGAUUCAAUCUAACCUACCAUCAGCCACCAUAGAAACUCAGAGUGUUGACACAGAACACCCAUCAAGCUCUGUCAAAGAAAACAAACCUCAGGUAGUUUUAUCCUGUGGAGACCCCAACAAGCAUGUUAAUAUCCCACCAAGAGUUGAUACAGAACGCCCAUCAAGCUCUGUCAAAGAAAACAAACCUCAAGUAGUUUUAUCCUGUGGAGACCCCAACAAGCAUGUUAAUAUCCCACCAAGUGUUGAUACAGAACACCCAUCAAGCUCUGUCAAAGAAAACAAACCUCAGGUAGUUUUAUCCUGUGGAGACCCCAACAAGCAUGUUAAUAUCCCACCAAGUGUUGAUACAGAACGCCCAUCAAGCUCUGUCAAAGAAAACAAACCUCAAGUAGUUUUAUCCUGUGAGGAUCCCAACAAGCAUGUUAAUAUCCCACCAAGUGUUGAUACAGAACACCCAUCAAGCUCUGUCAAAGGAAACAUACCACCUGUAGAUUUAUCCUGUGGAGACCCCAACAAGUAUCCUACUAUCCCACCAAUUGUUGAAACAGAACACCCUUCAAGUUUUGUCAAAGAAAACAUACCUCAAAUAGUUUUAUUAUGUGAAGAGCCCAAACAGCCAGACGUGUGUAGCGCCUUGCCUGAAAUUUUGAUGAAACUUCUUGGUGAAAAAGCGGCUGAAAUCCUAAGCACUUUUUCUCAGCCACCAGGCUGUGUGGAGAGGAACGCUGUGACGUUGAAGGAAAUUAGUGUAAACAUCUUUGCCAUAAGUAACCUCAGUGUGCACAUGGAAAAUGUGACCAAUGCAUUGGUGGGUGAAGGAGCUAUCUACAGUAAUGGUCAAUGAAGGUAUGUGUAAACUGCAGUGAAACAAACUGGAAUAACAAACACAGAACAAAUUAGUGGCCUCACAAUGUCAAGACAUUUGUAGUAUUUAGCAACUCAUUCACAAUAAAAUAAAAAUUAAAAGAAAAGAAAAAUUACUAAAUAUAUAUUCUAUGCUAUUAGCUGUAUUGCAAAAUU